UUGCAUCCUUCUGAGACGGUCUCGCUGCGCUGUAGACAUGCAAGUCCCUCUCUUCCGUCUCCAGUGUGGAGUCAACAGCUACGACUGGGGCAAGGUUGGCUCUGAGUCCGCGGCGGCCAGGUAUGCAGCUGCCACGCCCAUAGAUGGCUUCUCGGUGGAAGCAGACAAGCCAUACGCUGAGCUGUGGAUGGGAACACACCCUUCCCUGCCGUCCAAGGAUUUCGAGACCCAGAGGACACUGCUCGACCUGGUACAGACGAACAAGGCUCUCAUGUCGACAGAGAUAGUCUCUCGAUACGGAGGAAAGCUGCCCUUCCUCUUCAAGAUUCUGUCUAUCGGCAAGGCGCUCAGCAUCCAGGCCCAUCCGAACAAGAAGCUGGCUGAGUCUCUGCAUGCCAAAGACUCGAAGAACUAUCCAGAUGACAACCACAAGCCAGAGAUGACCAUUGCGGUGACUCCCUUUGAGGGUCUCUGUGGCUUCCGUCCGCUCGCUGAGAUCGUCCACUUUCUACGUGCUGUCGAGCCACUGCGAGACCUGGUUGGCUACGAGGCAGCAGAGGCCUUCGAGAAGACCGUCAGCGGCCAGGAGAUGACUCAGGAUGAAGAGGCUACGCAGAAGAACAAGACUGCCCUCAGAGAGAUCUUCACCAAGCUGAUGCAGUCGUCGCCAGAGUCCAUCACCAGCGCCACCCAGAAACUCAUCAGUGCCGCGGAGAGCUCGCCAGACAGCUUUGCUACUUCCUCCUCCUCCCCAGAUACUAACCCAGCCAAUCCCUCGGAGCUCGCUGAGCUGGUCGUCCGGCUAAACGGCCAGUUCCCCAACGACAUUGGCCUCUUUGUCCUCUUCUUCCUCAACUUCAUCAAGCUUGAGGCCGGAGAGGCCAUGUUCCUCAAAGCAGACGACAUCCACGCCUACAUCAGCGGAGACAUCAUCGAGUGCAUGGCUUCGUCAGAUAACGUCGUCCGAGCCGGCUUCACGCCCAAGUUCAAGGACGUGUCUACCCUGACCAGCAUGCUUACUUACUCCUAUGCACCCAUCGAGGAGCAGAAGAUGACCCCCACGGAGUACCCGUAUAUGAAGAUGAACACAACAGCCUACUCCAGCGGAUCGUCAGCCGCGCUGUACGACCCUCCGAUCGAAGAGUUCAGUGUCGUCAAGACCGAUCUCAAGUCUGCCGGUGCCAAAGCAACCUUUGAGCCCAUCAACGGGCCCAGCAUCAUCAUCUGCACCGCCGGCGAGGGCAAGAUCAGCGUCGGCCCAGCCAAGAGCUUUGACAUGAAGGAAGGUCACGUCUUUUUUGUUGGUGCUACGGCUGAGUGUGUCAUCGAGAGCACCGUCGACGGCAAGGACUUGACCACCUUCAAGGCCUUUUGCGAGCUCGACGAUGGCCCCAUCAACGGUAACCUCUAGCUUGUCGCUGUGCCUAACUCGACACAGCGUUAACUGCCUUUUUUUACCUUCCACACUUUUAAAUGGAUCAUUCUCUACCGGCCUUUUCGACGUAGUUUUUCCGUUCUUUGUCCUUCACGAGAUAUUCCUCAUAUUCCCCCCUAUUUGACAGCAUGUUGCUGUCCCAGCCAUGAGAAAAUGAAUAUAACUAACUGUUCAAACCAAAUAUAUUUCAUAAAUGAUGACCAGCAACCUAUUCUAGUAAAUGGACUACUUACGUAAGCAUGCAGAGAGUUAGUAUUUCGAUUACAUAAUUAUAGAAUAAUGAGGCAUUAUUGGAUAGGAGAGAAAGAUUUGCUUAUUAAGCUAUAUAAACUACAGAUAUAUCGCUUAAUAAGCAUUCUACAUCUCAUCCUUCUCCCCCUUCAAGCUUGCUUCCCCCCCUGAGUAUAAUAUACUCCCCCUAAGCCUAAUCUCUCCCCUCAACUCCCUAUAAGCUAUUCUUUUUACCCAUAAGCCAUUUACUUUACAUAUGCCUUUUCUUAGUUCGGGACAUCAUGUUCCCCAUUUCUACUCCAGAGUCCGGGCGGCUGGGUGUCAUU